AACCAUGUUUCGUCUUCUGAGGUUUUGAUGGGUGUUGAUAUGCUACUCAUUGACGAGAAGGUAAUCACUCCUAAUUUUUGUUAACGCUUUCAAGAUGCCAGUUUUACAUAUCUGAUUUUUUUUUUCAUUUGCUUGUCUGCAACAGUCAACGCUUAUGUAGGGAUCCGUGAGUGCGAACCCUCUCAGCUUCUUCAGGGAGCGUUUCAGUAACAACAAUUUCUGAUUGUCUGAUGCUCCCCUCGCCAUUGAUGGCACUUCAUUUUAAGAGAAUGUACGGAUUCGCCGCGUCUUUGGCUGCUGGUUUGCUGCUCAUGUUUCUGUCUGUGAUCGUAUUUGUCAUCCCCAUCAAGUUUGUGCUGCUCUUCACAUUUGCAAAUGAGAAGCACAGACUUCCUCAUGGGACCUGAGCAACAGAUAAAUAUGAUGUUCGUAUCUACGCUACCUCUAUCUAUGUCAGAUGCAUCCUUCUUGCACUCAUUUUGCGCUCUCUUGAUCCACAGCAAGAUUUUGACAGUGAUUGCGAUCCUAUGCAAGACUUGUGCACUUAUGUGGUACAGCCUCAGUUAUAUUCCAUUUGCGCGAAGAAUGGUCUCUGAAAUAAUGAUCUGUCUCUGUGAUAACGAGCUAUAGUACACAAACUCGCAUUUUACUGGUCUCGAGAAUUUGAGAGAUGAUUUUAAAAAAAAAAUUGUUUGACCUGAUGAGGUGGUUUGCGCAUGAAUCAAAAGUAACGCAACUGGAGUUUCUUUUCUUUUUUGAGGGCUUGAAGCUCUUGCGUGUGUGUACUUCUAUUACUUCAAGCUCUUUUGCACUCACUUGACAUUUGUUUGAUAAGAGAUUACUUAUUCAUAUAAUCCCUCGGAGUUCUCAUUUUACCCAUCCCUUUUAUACAGUUUAUAUUUUUGGUUCAUACACAAUACCCUGUGAUAUGCUUUUCUCUUCAAAAAAAUAUAUGCCUAAUCUUUUACUACUCUAUGGUUCAACUUUCCUAAUAAAAAAAGCGAAGACAAUAAUGCCUAGAUACUAGAUAGGCCUUUCUUUAGUGACAACGAGAAACAACAUCAUAUUCUCUGCAUUAUAAGUUCUUAAUGUAAAAAAAAAUGAAAUAGGGAACACUAAUCCAAACGACCGCACUUAAUGUCCAAAAAACUGAAUAAAUUAUAUUAACUACUCAAUUAACUACAUAAUAUAUAUCUAUAAAUAGGUUACAUAUGCUUUCACUUUGGCAACGACCACGACCAAAUACCAAACAAAAAUGCACACUAAACACCAAUUCACACAUUGAAAACUAACCCAAAAUAUAUAAAGAGAAGUCAUUUCAUGAGUAUCACGAUUCUCAGGAAUAAUCGUCUUUAACAUCAACAUCGGUACUAGCAGAAGCAGUCCAAGAAUUUUGGGUUUACAAAAAUACCAAUUUAAAUUCUUUAACGGUCCAACCCCUAACAUCGAUAGAUAACUAGAGACAACAACUUAAAGACAAUAUUUCUUUUGGCCGAUAAUGUGUUGAUCCCCUACUUCAAAGCAUGCAGAAGUAUUUUCAAAACAACAACACAAACUUAGGUUUCAACAUUUCCAAACAAAAACGGUUGGUUCAUACAACAAUGACAUUUACUUAUACAGCACAACAUUAUUAUGCAAAGAACUGCCUGGUCCUGUAAUUUUCGAGGUCCCAUACAAAAUUAAAAUAAAAUAAAUAUCAUAACAUAUAUUAAAUAGAGAGGAAGAGAUAAGCAGGUAGAAAAAAUUGGGGGAUCAUGAAAAGAAAAUUUGUACUUUUGGGUGGUUUUGUAAAAAAGUGUGUAGUCUAAGUGGGAUUAAAAUAAGGUUUUAUAUACGUACAAAAGGUUUUAUGCAUUCCUAUUAUCCAAAGAACAUGACCGGUCAUGAGAUUUUCGAAGCCCAUACAAAACAUAUAUUACUUAAUUAUUGAAAUUUGUAUUUAUUGUAAUACUUUCUUUUUUUUUAAAUGACCUACUAGAUUUUGACCCGCGCUUUUAAGCGCGGGUUAUUUUUCAGUCGAUAAAAAUAUAUGAUAUGAAUUGGUAUUUUAGUCUUGUUAUACAUUAUUAUGUUACAAAUUUUAUUAUAUCAAAAAAAAUUAUUAUUUUUAUUUAAUUAGUUAAUCGAAUUAUAUUUUUAAUCGUUUGAUUACUUUUUUCAAAAAAAUUAUAUGGAUUGAUCAGACUCAGUGCGUCUAUUAUUUUAAAAUAAAUUAUUUUCAAUUAGAUGAGAACAAUACUUUUAUAUCAAGUUUGGACCCGUCGUCGAACCAGUAAACACGAUGACUUGUACAUAAGCUGGUUUAGAUUUAAUGAAAACUCGUUAAUUUAAAGCAUGCAAACUUC